AUGCCUAAAUCAAAGGAACUUGUUUCUUCAAGCUCUUCAGGCAGUGAUUCUGACAGCGAGGUUGAAAAAAAGUUAAAGAGGAAAAAGCAAGUGGUUCCAGAAAAGCCUGUGAAGAAACAAAAGCCUGGUGAGACUUCUAGAGCGUUGGCAUCUUCCAAGCAGAGUAGCAGCAGCAGAGAUGAUAACAUGUUUCAGAUUGGGAAGAUGAGCUACGUCAGUGUUCAGGAUUUUAAAGGAAAAAUUCUAAUUGAUAUUAGAGAAUAUUGGGUGGACUCAGAAGGUGAAAUGAAACCAGGGAGAAAAGGUAUUUCUUUAAACAUGGAGCAGUGGAGCCAGCUGAAGGAACAGAUUUCUGACAUAGACGAAGCAGUAAGAAAGCUGUAA